UCACAGUCGUUGUCCCAACACUCACGCACACAGGAAAUCAGGAGCUGUGGAACAUGAACAUGAGAUCCGCUAUCUUUCUCUCCCUCGUGGCUGUUACUAUGGCUGAUACAACAGCCCAUGUGAGUUCUCAUGUGAGCUACGGAGCCUCGUAUCACCCACGGCCAUCGUAUCAUUCGCAGCCUUCUUACGAAACCCACCCCGCCGUUCCCGCCUGCGCUAAGAACACCACGAAAACCUGGUGUUUGGAAGACGCAGAAUAUCCAACCUAUGAAGUCAGACACGCAGUAGACUAUCACUUCUCUAAGGUAAUUGAUCUCUACGCCGACGUAGCUGAACUAAACACUGAGUUAUCCGUCGAAAGACCAAAUACCUUAGAAGAAGAAACUUACUUGUGCCCCUCAGAAACAGUUUAUGUAAAGCCUCUUCGUGCCCAAAAUACCGAGGGGAAAUGGCGCGUUAUUGUUAACAACAUCGAGGCGCAUUAUCAGACCUUUACUCAAACUACCCGAAUCGAAGAGUGCCUGACCUCUGGCGACGCAUGCCCUCUGGUGCCUGACUGCUACGAGUCCAAGUGCCUGCAGAAGUCCAUCUACCACCGCUUCCUCGUCUACGACUCCUAUGAUCAGUACUUCCCCUUCGCCAUCGAGACAUUCAAGCUUCCCGCCAGUUGCGCUUGUCUCCUGGGCGCCUACACCAUCGAUCAUUAAAACAAAAAACAUCUAAUAUGACUGUAUGUAAACAAUAUCUCUGUUAUAAGAUUUAUAUUCUUCCAUAUUCCCUGGCAUGAAGCUAGUUUCACACGUGAAGAAAGCAGUUCUCUAGUCAUCCUUAUGUGAAAUUUGUAAUCAGCGAUGCCAGUCACGAAUAUAUUAACUUCAGCUGUUAUAUUAUUCGUAAUAUAAAAUAUGCACAGAAAAAA